GAAACUCUCUCUCCAUUGUCCAACUACAAAUAAUAUACCAGCUUCACCAACUCCUAAAACAUCCAAGAAAACAAUCAAAAGAUUUCUCGCUCCCCCUCAGUCUCAUCAUAACUUGUUGUCUCGUUUUGCUCUCAAUCCACAUCUUAGUUCGUAUCAUCAGAAACAGCUAGCAGCGCAGUAGGAAAAUGUCGGUUUUCCUUUCUUUCCUGGAUCGGCGGUUCAACAUAUUUGAUCUUGAUCCCCUCCAGGCCUUCUUCUGGGGAACAACCGGAACGUCGGAAUUGGCCAACACCCAGAUCGAUUGGAAGGAAACCCCACAUGCCCACGUCUUCGAAAUCGAUCUUCCGGGUCUUACCAAAGAUGAUGUUAAGCUGGAAGUUCAUGAAGGAAGGGUCCUUCAGAUCAGUGUGGAGAGGAAAGAGGAACCAGCAGAGACUAGAGAGGAGAAAGGUGAACAGUGGCAUUGCCUGGAGAGGACGCGUGGGAAGUUUAUGAGGCAAUUCCGGCUGCCGGAGAAUGCCAAGGUUGACGACAUAAAGGCUACCAUGGCAAAUGGAGUGCUCACUGUCACAGUGCCUAAAGAAGCAGAAACUAAGAAGCAGCCCAAACACAAACUCGUAGAGAUUUCUGGUGGUGAUGGACGCCCCUCCAACUCCAAGGGACUUGGCCGUUUUGUUUGUUGCGUAGCUUAAUUGAUAUGGUGCAACACUCUCCAAUCUCCAUGCCAUCCAUAGUCUAUAUACAUAUAUAUAACUUUUCUGUGUGUUCUUUUCUUGGAAUUCUUAUUGUUGUCUCGGAUCUUUGUUGUGUAUUAAUCUGUAUAUAUGUUUGCUUCUUUUUUAAAGCCCUGUAUCAUGUUUGCUUUCAAUUUUAUUGUGUAUUGUAUAUAAAAAAUGGUCGGAUUAUGUA